AAAACAACAUUUGACAUGAUGGGAAGCGAACUAUUUAAAAAGCAACAGGGAUGUCCUUGAAGCCGCCUUUUGCCAUUCACCGUCCAUUCGCAGUCCUGGUUGGAACUAAUGGGUUCUUUCAGUCUUCUCCUCAUAUGUUUGGCUGUGAUGGUCGCUUCCGUCUGGGCGCAGACUGGGAAUGCAACUUGCAAAUACAAGGAAAUAGACCCUCAGCUCGAGUGUCCAACAUGCCCGAAGAAACUUGUUGAUGCGGAAUGGCAAUGUAAUUUCGACUUUGUGACGGAAGAUUACCGUCUUACAACUGAAACGAAUACGACUUAUCCGUCUGCUGCCCACGACAAUGCGUUCAAAACCUUGGCCAAGUGUAUGUGUAAAGCUUUUGAGGAAUACCCUACAUAUGAGCCGUUAAAGCAGUAUGGAGACUAUUGCACGGAAUAUUGGUGGGGGCCAGCGCGGGUGCCAUUUUAUCCUGAUUUCAAGAAAGGCUGCGUAGGCGAUGCCUAUAACGAUGUUUUGGUAGCGCUAAACUAUACGUACUUUGUCAAGGAGGGCAAAAAAUAUACCCGCAUCAAGCCGCCAUUUAAGAACGCUCAAGGGAACUUGGAAGGUGGUUCAGGCUCCAGUGGCCAAGGCUCUAGUGGGAGUGAGAGGUUGGUAUCUUCUCUUACUGCUGCUGCUGCAAUAGGUGGUCUGGUAUGGGCGAUUGUAAUGUAGAACCUCAUAAAUGCGUAUUGUACGGAGAUCUCAGACUCUAGUGAUUAUAUGUAGCGACUGACCCAUUAUCAUAGCGGCAUGAGUGCAUAGAUGAGGCGACCUCAGACUCUUGUGAUUACAAGUAGCGAUUUUCCCAUUAUCGUAGCGGCAUGAAUUUCAAGCAGACCUGUCGACGGUCAUGUUUUGCUUUGUUGGCCCGCGCAUAACAAUUGUCCUCUCGAUUCAUGUUUGCAACACAGAUCCAUUG